GGCCGCCGCACGCUCGGCGCGGCUUCACCACAGAACACCUACCAGUUCCACCUCUCUCCCGUAGCGGCGCAUAGGCGGCUUCCACUCCAGCAAGUUUUAUGUAUCGUCUCUAUUCUUACAGUGUUCUAGAAUAAUAUACUAUUCUGUCGGUUAACAACAUGGCGCCGAAAGCUAGGUUUCAAGAUGGUGAGAAGGUUCUGUGCUUUCACGGGCCUCUGUUGUACGAAGCAAAGUGCAUCAAGGCCCAGGUUAAAGACAAGCAAACCAAGUACUUUAUUCACUACAGUGGCUGGAACAAAAAUUGGGACGAGUGGGUUCCUGAAAGCCGUGUACUCAAGUUCAAUGAUGUUAAUCUCCAAAAGCAAAAGGAACUCGAGAAGGCACACCUGUCCUCAGCCUCUCAUUCGCACUCUGCUUUAAAGGGGAAAAAGAACAAAUCUACUAAACCAAAAAAAGAGGUAGAGAGGGAACGCUGUACAACUCCGUCCUUAGAAAAGCCCCAGAAACAGAAAGGUGGUAAGGAGGAAGCGUUCUUGUCCCGAGUAGAGAUCAAGGUGCGGAUACCAGAGGAACUGAAGCCAUGGCUUGUAGAUGACUGGGACCUUAUCACAAGACAAAAAAAGCUUGUACAGCUACCCUGCAAUGUCACUGUGGACCAUAUUCUCGCGGAUUAUGUGAAACAGAAGACGUCGGUAAAAGGAAUUUCAUUUAACAAGGAGAGUGCCGUCAUCGAGGUGACAAAUGGACUCAAGGAAUACUUCAAUGUGAUGCUAGGAAGCCAACUUUUGUACAAGUUUGAACGUCCUCAGUAUGCUGAUGUUUUAAAUGAAAGGCCGGACACUCCUAUGUCACAAAUAUAUGGUGCCAUUCACCUGCUGAGGCUAUUCGUCAGGCUUGGCAGCAUGUUGGCUUAUACCCCGCUGGACGAGACGAGUGUCCAGCUUCUGCUACAUCAUAUUCACGAUUUUCUCAAGUGA